AGUUGUCUGAAUUAUUAUUUCUUAUAGCAGUAAUGAUGCUGGCAUAACACACUUGGACAUUUGAUUGGGGAAAUGCUAAUGGCUAUAUGGUUACAUAACAAGAGGCUGCCCCCCUUUCUCCAGCACCAAAGCUCAAAGGCCACAGUAUACAAAAUACAUAAAUAUUCUUGAUCACAAGCCAUUUGAAUGGUCCUGUUGGCUGCUAAGCCCUUUGCAGGACAGGAAUACAGUUCAGAACAAGAUUCAACAAAUGAAUAACAAACAGUAGGAAGAAAGGCAAGAUAGAGCAGUAAUAAUUUCUUUUGGUUACAUCUUCUGAGCCUGUAUAUCAUCAUACCAGUUCAUGUAAAGAUUUUGCUUUUCUUUUGCUUUGUCACUCCCAUCUCUUCCAUUUGGAACUGUCAUAGAAAACUGAAAAAAAUGGACAUAUCAGAGUUUAAAAUGUCUCUUCUUUAACUUAUAUAUCAUAGCAAGGAAGUGCCAUGAUAUAUUUUCAUGAUGAAAUAACUUUAUAACCUUUCUUAUAAUAUGUUGUGAUCAGAGCUUGUUUGUUUAAUUUUAUUUUUUAAACCUGUCUUCUCUAAAGCUGGUGGUGAUAGAAUGACAAAUGAUGGACCCAUCUUACCAAAGUUCACAACAGCUUAUCAAUAUAGGUUUUGCCAAAAAAAAACCCAAAAACAAAAAAACACACACAAAACAGGCAGGGUCAGUUUGAGCUGAGUCUGAAGGAGUAUGAAGCUUUUCAAUUUUCCUAGGAGGUCCAUGUCAUCAAGCCUUUCUCCAUGUGUAUUAAUCAUUGCCCAAUUCAUUGCAGCUGCUGCUCCACAUCACAAAAUCUAUAGCCAGAAAAGCAUGCAGCUCUGCAAGCUACUGGAAUAGCAAAAGACAGCAUAUAUAUUUUGCAAGAUAGCCAAAGUCUAUGGAAAAAGAGCUCUGCGACUGUUUUGUGAGCUGUGUUUUCUCUGUGGCGUUACAUGUUCUUAUUAGUAGGGUGGAGUUUCUGAUUUAGAUAGGCCGAAAAGAUUGGAGGGAGUAAGGAGAAGGGACAAUUUCAGAGAUUCCUUGUGCUUUUAAGGAAAUACUGCAUUUCCCUCUUAUUUGAAAGAGCCUUUUCACCUUUACAGUGAUACUGUAAGCUAGUAUUUAUCUACCUUGUCCCUAAAAGAAAUUAGGGGAAAAAUAAUAAUUAAAAAAAUUUCACCUAACUGAGCAGAGAGUUGAUCCCUCAAACAGAUCCUGGAGACGAUCUGUUUUGGCCUUGAAGUUCAUUAGACACCAUUCUUUUGCAGCUGAUUUCUCAACAGUCUAAAACUGCAAGGCACAUAAAUAGCCUUAGUAGUGCACGUUGGUAGUGCACUCCAACGCUAAGCAGGGAAAGAAUUGCAUUUAAAAUUCCAAAUGACUAAACCUUUUUUAAUUUAAAUUAUCUGUAAAUAACGUAAAUCUGUAAAUGUAUUAAUUGACACAUUUGUCACUGACACUCAUAACUGAGUCCAUAUAAAAGAAUAUUUAUAAUUUAUCUGCCAAGUCUGUGAAUAGUCCCUAGCAUAUUGUUGAUGAUAGCGUAAUGCAAAUAAGGAAUAUCUGUUCAGGACUAUGAGAUAAGACAUAAACAACUUUCCCUUACACAAAGAAACUGGUGAUUUUGAUUGCAGCCUAUUAAAUAUUCUGAAAUGUUAGAUUCUGAAUUUACAACAUGAAGCAGACUGUGGUUGCCUUAUGCUCCUACUUAUCACUGCAGCAACAUCUGUGCUUUACCUUAACAAGUGGAACAAGGAGUGUUUUUCUUCUGGGUGUCUUAUAGACCAUGUGUCCUCAGCAUUAUGCUUGCAGCUGCUGUCUUUUCCACAUAAUGAGCUGAAGUGAAGGUUGUAUUUUAUUUCAGAAAACACCUGUUGCCUAGAAAACCUCACAUACCUGACUGACCAGAAUGGUAAUAUGAGAGAAAGAGAGAGUUCAUAUUAUGCUAAAGAAAUAAGGGAUUUAACAUGACGUAUUUCAUGCUGAUUGAUGUAAGGAUUGUGUGGUUUGUGUUUCUCGUGAAAGGAAGAAUACAGCCAUAACUAAUAUCUGUUGGGGUGCCCCAUUCCUAUUUUUUUAGCUUGCUGCAUUCUAAAUAGUCUAUUGAAAGAGAACAAAAUGAAGAAGAGAACUGAUAGCUAGCUCCUAGCUCUGUUAAACACAGCAGCAUGGUGGAUUUUACAAAGAUUAGUUUAUCAAAGAGGAGUUCUGUUUAGAUUCAGUCUAAUGAGCAGUAUAUUUCUGAUUCAAAUUACAGUAUGUGCAGUGGUGAAUCUCUAAGGUCAACUGUAUUAAUGAAACUAAUCACAUUUUAAAAGAGAGAAAGAAUAAAUGGCUAGGAUUUUUACUUAGUCUAUUUAGAAAAAAAAAAUCCUGAGUGGUUAAGAUUAGAUCCUUUUCUUGUCCUGUCCCUGUAGGAUAAAAAUUUGGUGAUUAUAUGGAUAUUUUUAUGGAAUGCAAAGUCCCCAAGUGGCAAAGAAUUUAUGAAUCCACUUGUAUGCUGCCCAUGUCAAAACUAGAGACCAUGUGAAGCCAGUGGGGAAAUGUGGGCCAGGACUGUUGCCAGCCAGCUGAUCUUGGCCUGACAUAACAGUGUCUUGGAGGCUGUCACCAACUAUUACAGGGUAAUAACAGCCCUCAAGCUGAUUGACCAUGUGUGCCAAUGCUAGACCAUUCUUCUGUCAGAUUGAGAGAAUGCAAAAGCAAUAUAGAGCAUAAAAAUAUUUAAGAAAGUACAAAAGCAGUAUAGCGGGUCUAAAAAAAAUAGGCUGUGGAUCUAAAGUGAAUUGGAUACAAUGGCUACUCAUGCCCAGCAGAUACGAUAGCAAUGGCCGAUUGCUAGAUCACGGAGACACUAGUCCCAUCAUUGUUUGCCCAGCCACACCCACCACUACAGGGCCUGUGCUGAGGAUGAGGAAGAGCUGCCUGUGAAAGACUUGGUCUACUUUCAGAUUGCAUCCCAGUGAGGAAGCUGGUCAAGCAGAUUUGAUUGGUUCUUUGCCCUGUCGAAGCAAAGCAAGCAGGACAUUAGAAGGCCAAGAAGCAAGUUUUUGUGUUUAUUAUGAGCUUCUUCAUAUCGUUUUUUGUUUCUGUGAUAUCUCAAGUGAUGGGAUAGUUUGGCUUGAGUUUCAAUAAUGUACCAGAUGAGACAUAAUGAUAAGAAGAGAAUGUACUAGUUCUACAAGAGGAGAGAUAAUGUAAGAUUUCCAUAUUACAGUAUUUUAUAUGGCACAGAGCAGAGCAAAAUUACUGCCUUCCUGUCAAACACACGGACUGAUAAUUGUCUUCUUUAUUAUUGUUUAUUUGUAAAAAUCCUUUAACCUCCCAACCCCACCAGUUCAAAGAACAGAUUGUCUGGGUGGUUUCAGUUAUGUUCUCUGUUCUCUCAUCCAAGCUGUUUAUCUUUGAAAGGCAAACUAUAGAAACGCUAAGGUCUCUUUCCCCCUCUCUUCCAUCAUCUUCCAGCUGGGGAACUGCAGAGCUCAGACAGACAACCAAUCACAUUGCAGGUUCUGAACAGUCAGAAAUAAAAAGGCAAUUGGUUAGCUUGUUCCUUAUUGGUAGAGGAUUAAGAUACAACUUAUUACAUGUAUGACUAUACAAAUAAGUUAGCAUGGAGCAGCAAUUUACAGCAAGUUAUCCAAUAUGUAGGGGUUCCCUGUGUACAUGCAGUGGUCUGUGAUCAGCGUUAGCAGGGGAAGCUGUGUUCACCCCACAAACUUACUUGUAUGCACCUACCCAGAGAGUUUCUUUUCCUCAUCUAUUAAAUGAAAACAACAAUGUUCUCCUCUUCUUCCAGGCAUUAUCCACACAAAUACAGGAAGACAUCUGAGGGCAGCAUUUAUCUUUUACGAGAUAUAUAUGCACUUAGCACGCAGCGCAGCUCCAGUUUGGCCCAUUGGCCAAGCUAAAACAUUAUAGCUUCCUCAUUCCUUCUGAACAGUAGUGAUUACAUAUGAAAUAGCAUGAAUGAAUGCUGAAUACACAUGAAAGUAUCCUUUUACUGGGAGAGAUGUUGAAGAAUUAGCCAAAGGACUUUCACAGCCCUGAACUUUGAACAGGAUCUCCUGUCUGUGAUGCACACAAAACACUUUUGCACUUCAUACUACCUAUUUAAACACAGACUAUCAAACUCAUUAUUUGACUGAUUCCUCAUUCACAAGGCAAUGUGCUUACAGGGCAACAGAAUGCGUAAGUGUACUCUCAUGUUGAUCUUUUGUGCCCAGAGGCUGUGCGGUUUUAGGCAUUGUGUUGCAAGUUGAAUUAGAGCUCAGAGAGGAGGAUGAUGUCAAUGUGUCCAAAGAGAAGCUGGUUGUCAGUCUGCCUUUGCAUCUCUGUGAUAAGUAUUUUCUGCUGGAUGAAAUAAACACCAAACCAAGUAGCUUCCAUAGGAGGGGGGAAAAGAGAAUACAUAGAAAAGAUUAAAGACAAAUGUUUUUAUAGCAUAUAAAAUAAACUCAGCUGAGAGAAAGAGACUAAACAUAUAAAACUGUACUGCCAUCCACCAAACCAAAUAAUCAGCAACAAAGAAAAGAACCUUAGAAAUUUAUCAAUUUCGGAGUGAUUUUGUAAUGCUAAUUCAGCUAUAUUUCUCAUCCUAUGUCUGUAUUAUAAAAUAUUUCCUAACAUAAGCAAUGCAGAAUGUUAGUUUCAAUAUGACAAGAAAGAUGGAAAUAGAAAAUGCACAAUGUAGCCAAGUGACUAAUCCAGAAAAAGUACCAUUUUUUGGAGUUUUAUAACUUGUGAUUGCUCUGUUCCAGGGAUGAUUUCACUUGUGGCCUAAGGAUUGGACCUGGCUUUCAAAACAAGCAGGAUUUAUUAGGUCAGGUGUAGUGCCAUGCAGACCUGGUUGCAGUCGUCUGAUUGUAAGAUAACUGGUUGGGCACAAACAUGCAUGAAGAAGCUGGCCAUUAUUGCUAGUCUAGACCAACAUCCCCUGAAAGCACAGGGGUUUUUCCAUUAAUGUUAAUGGGAGAUGGAUCAAGCCCUUAGUUUCUUGACAUUGACACUGCAAUAAUACCACUUGCUUUUCUUAUUUAAGAAGGCAAGAAAGAGACUAACAGACUGUUGAAAGAUACGUAAAAUGGUGACCAAGAAUACUGGAUAUUUAGUUGUGUAUUGCUGGUGCCAGAAACAUGUACCUGUAAGUAUGAGGGGGGAGGGAAUAUAUAAUGAGAAUGUUCCAUAUGGCAUUCCCUCAGUCAAAAACGUAAGAACUCAGAAACACAAACAGUCUAACCUGUCCACAGCUUUUCAUAACCUGUUUUCACAGGGCUUGUUUGCAUAUGGACUUGUUCCUGACUUACUCCAUGGGUAGAUAUGUUGAUUGCAGAGUAGUGGAGUUGAUCAGGAAUCAUUUUUAGGAUGAAGGUCUAAAACUGUUGGUUUCUAAAAGCAGGGAUUAUGUCCGCAUCUGGUUACCCAUACAGCAGGAUCUUCUGUUCUCAGAAGGAUGCCAGGAAAGAGUUCAGGAAGAAGAUACCAGAAUGACUUGAGAGUGGGAAGCCUUAUGUGCAGUGGGAAACCAAAGAAACUACAUCAUGUUUGCCCAAGAAAAUGUUAAAAGAUAACCUGAUCAUCUGAAAAAAAAUCUGACAGUGAAGGGCUUUUUAAUCUGCAGGAUGGAUUCAGAAUAAUAUUCAGUGAUUGAAGUUCAGACUAGAUUUAAGGUGCAUCUUUUGCCAAUAAUUUAAUUAAUGAUUGGAGCAUUUUAUCAAGACAUACAAUGAAUUUUCAGCCAUUUAAAGUCUCUGCAUCAGAACAGAUCAUAUGCUUUAGGUCAUUAGGCUUUAACUGUUUUCCCAUUUGCUGUCCUCUAAAAAUUCUUCACUGAAGCCUUUUAGGAGCAAAUUCGUGUCUGCUGACUAGAAACUUGUUUUUCUUGAUGGUUGUCCAUCCAUUCCUUAAAGGUAGUCUACAGACCUAGAGGUGUAAGUGCCUCACAGGUUGAAAACCACUGCUUCAGCUUAACCAAAAAUCAUAAGGUGAUAAAAACAUACAGCUAAAUCAGUUAGCAAAGUCAGAGGUAGCUUUGGUGUAUGGACCAGGUGCAUUCACUGCCACAAACACAGUGUGGCUAUGUCUGAACAAACCUGUUGCAGGCCAUGGCACCGGAAACUUCUUGGUGAAAAGUGGGCAGAAGCUUAUUAGGGAGACUUUGAGACAUGGAGUUGGCAGAGAUCCAAGGUCCAUGAGGAAGUCUUCAGAAACUUUGCAAUCAGUAGCCUCAGUGGCCCUGCAGCUGAAUAUUUACAUGUUUGAAACAGUGACACACAAACAAAAUAACUGACUGUUUCUGCUACCAAGGCAGAGAUGGUCCGUGCUGCUUUCCAAGCACAAAGAUCAUUCCUGGUGUUAGCAUCUCAGUGUCAAGAGCCGCAGGAGAAUGAGGUAGCAACACUUCUCAAACCAAUAUCAGAGAAGAUUCAAGAAAUCCAGAACUUCAGAGAAAGGAACAGAGGAAGUAAGAUGUUCAACCAUCUCUCGGCUGUCAGUGAAAGCAUACCUGCACUUGGUUGGAUAGCAGUGUCUCCUAAACCAGGACCUUAUGUCAAGGAGAUGAAUGAUGCCGCUACCUUUUAUACUAACAGGGUAUUAAAGGACUACAAGCACAGUGAUGAACGCCAUGUCGAUUGGGUGAAGUCAUAUCUGAACAUCUGGUCUGAGCUUCAAGCUUAUAUCAAAGAGCAUCAUACCACAGGUCUUACCUGGAGCAAAACUGGUCCUGUUGCAUCGCCCAUGUCUAUGAGAUCUAUUCUAACCAGCGGGCCAUGCCUUUCACCACCACCGCCACCACCUGGACCUCCCCCCAUCUUUGAUACAGAAACCACAAAGGAUGAAGGAACUGCAUCUCGCUCAGCCCUAUUUGCACAGCUUAACCAGGGAGAGGCAAUUACCAAAGGGCUUCGACAUGUCUCUGAUGACCAGAAGACUCACAAGAACCCCAGCCUACGUGCCCAAUGUCCGCCCAUUCCUUCUCCCACAAAAAGUCAUACUCCAAGUCCAACCUCUCCCAAGAGUUCACCUCAGCAGAGCCAUGCCCCUGUCUUAGAGCUAGAGGGAAAGAAAUGGAAAGUGGAAUAUCAAGAGGAUAAGAAUGACCUGGUCAUUAUCAACACUGAACUCAAGCAAGUGGCCUACAUUUUUAGUUGUAACAAAUCUACACUUCAGAUAAAAGGAAAAAUCAAUUCAAUUACUAUUGACAACUGUAAAAAGUUUGGCCUUGUGUUUGACAACGUUGUGGGAAUCGUGGAAGUGAUCAAUUCAAGGGAUAUUCAGAUUCAGGUGAUGGGAAAAGUGCCAACCAUUUCUAUUAACAAAACAGAAGGCUGCCACAUCUACCUCAGUGAGGAAUCAUUAGAUUGUGAGAUUGUUAGUGCCAAAUCAUCUGAAAUGAACAUCCUCAUCCCCCAAGAUGGUGAUUAUAAAGAAUUUCCAGUUCCUGAACAGUUCAAGACAGCAUGGGACGGAUCUAAGUUGGUCACUGAACCUGCAGAGAUCGUGGGUUAACUUCCUAAUGCCAUACAAUACUUGCUGACCGUGGUCAGACCACAGCCAGCAUAAACAAAGCAGCAAUGUAAAGAACUAGAAGUAGCAGUAGUUCAUACUGCUGUGAUAGGCCUUCAAGCAGUAGCUCUGCAUGCUAGAAACAAUAACACAUCUGGCACGCUUCUGUUAGGCAUCCCAGUAUUUUUCAAGUUUCCACACAGUUUGCCUUCACUUACAGUUUUGAUUCUAAAUGAUGUCAUGUGAAUGUAAUGGAUUAAACCCUUCACCCUCCAGUUACAUCAUUGGCUUGAAACACUGUAUACAUUAAGCCAAAAUACUGCAUGAUACAUUUUGUUAUCAUCUUGCUUCAGUGCAUUCCCUUUUAUGUUUCUGCUAGUCAAAGACAGUAUUAAGACUCUAAGAUAUUUAUUUUUACCUUAGGCAAUUCCUGUAGGAAGCAGUAAAAAUGUACCCUUAGAAAGUGUGUAAUUCCUUGUAGUUCUGUGGCAAUCAUAAUGGAUUUUGUUUCAAACAAGCAAAAAAGGACAACUUUCAGCAAUACAUUUUGCUAAUGAAAAAUAAAAAAGAAAUCUGAUAUUUUAAUCAAACAUUUUUCUAAUAUGUAUAUUUAGAAGAUCCCUGUGUUUUCAGUGAGAUAAGAUUUUAUUAUGGUCUACACAGACUUGCUCUUAUUUCUUGUAAAUUAGUAACUCUUCUUAAGCUAAAACCUUACCUAAGCCAAAACCUUGCAGCAAAUCACUUGGAUUUCUUUUUUUUUCUUUUUUUCUUUUUUUUUUGGUGUGAGCAAAGCUCUCACUUGUUAAAAUUUCACACUGUAUCUUGCAUCCUAUUAAGAAAACUGAGAGGGUUAUUUUGAUUUGGGGCACACAUCAGCUGAUUUCCAUGCUAGUAUUGUUCCUUUAAGAUAUUGUUAUUACUGCUCAUAUUCAUUAAAAAUAUCUUUCUGUUUCUCUCCUACAUUUGUAGGACUUACUAAACUUCAAAUAUGUCCAUGAAGCAAAGUCAUAGAUUUAUUUCAUAUUAAUUCUGAGCCCAAAAUAAAAAGAUAAUUUCUUGUUUAGCCCAUUGAUUCUACUUUAUAGUCCCUAUUGUACAUGCUUUUUUAACAAAGGUGGAGUGUUGUAUACAUUGUACUAUUUCAGCACAUAGUACUAAUAAAAUUUUAAAAAUUCAAAAAGUCAGCAAAUGUUUUUGAUCACUUGUAGUACUUUGUAUCAGUGAAAUCACAGUGAGCUGCUUGCAGAACUAGUUACAGGCUAAACUUUGUGCCUAAUUUAGCUUGAGAAUACAUUAAUCCUUGAGGGUUUAACUAUCUUGAAUUGUAAUCCCUAUACAGUACAACAGUAGUGCUCAUUCAGUAAGGUUUUGCUAUCUGAUGUUUUAUCUGUAUGUAUAAUGUGGUUGCUUUAGUAGUACAUACCAUUUUUCAAUAGUAAACUUCUUUUGAAAUAAAAAGGAAAAUGUAUCUGCUUAAAUACCAAGUUGUUCAGAGCUUCCUCCACUGCAGUAUUUCAGUUGUUUGCUUUCUUCUUAACAACUAUUUCAAAAGCUUGACUGAGAAAAAGUAAUUCCACCUCCCUUUCAUUAAACGUUAUCACUUUUGCUGCCAUAAUCCGCCUGACAGUGAAUAGUGGGAUAUUCUGCAUGCUAACAGAUAAACUUGCAGUUUCAUGCAUAUAACCUCAUUGAAAGGCACAGAGUUCAGCUUCUUGUGUUUCUCAUUUUUAGAUACAUCUUUAUCUUCCAAAGAUUAUGUCUAGGGAGAUGAUCAUGCCCUGAUGCAAGUUUAUUAGGUUUGCCUUCUUCUCUUAGCUUUUCCCAUUGUUUCCUUGUAUGGUUUUGGACAUGUCCCUCCUGUGUUAACAUACUCCACAGUAAGUAGUUCAUUCCAUAUUUCACUGGGGUGGGUUUCAGAUCUGAAAAAUGGGCAUCACAUAAAUGUCAUGAUAGAAGCAUUCUUGCAGGACUGUUCAAUCCUUAACACGAUCAUGAUUUGUUCCAUAAAAAAAUCACAAUCUGGAACAUUCUGACCUGAAAUACUGGCUCCUGUUUUUAUCCAGCAUCAAAUAAGGAUUAAGUCAUUAUGCAGGAACAGGAAGCCACAUAAUCCUUUAGUGAGAUGAUACAAAACAAGUAUCAAAUGCUUGAUAAACAGAAAGCAGCGAGACAGCUCUGACUUACUGCACAGACAAAUUCUCUUCAUUCCUCCUACGGAUUAACACCCUCCCCAAACCGACUCUGCCUGCUUGCAGGAUUCUUUUUUUAAACA